CAGAAGGAGACUUGCAUCCCAGAUCCCAUUUCCUUUUCACUUUGGCUUUAUCUUGCAAGCCUAGAGAAGAAGAAAGUUGUAUGUGCUAGCUCUCCAAAGAGAAACCUGUGCAGAAUCAGAGUACGAUGAGUGGUGAGGGGGCUCUGAUUUAGACACUUGCCGGGGCAGAGGCGGAUGAAUUAUGAGCACCUGUCGGGGAGGAGUAGACUUGUGAGAGAAGAAGGUCACUUUUACAGCCUUGCUCUGCCUCCUUUCUGAUUUUGGUGACUUUCUGAACGUAGAACCAAUGCUGUGGGACACUGUUUGCAUCCCCAGGUUAAUGAUGCUUGUAAGCCAGAGGUGAAAGUGGCUCAGCAGUGCAACAUCAGGAAGUCUGGCAGACUGGAAGAGAACAGCUGCCCCCCAGGGUAGCUGCUAAGUGUGAAGCAUGGAAGAAAGUAAGAAUGAGAAGGUGAACCUGGCUCAUGUUCUCUUCGACAGAUUUGUCCAGGCUUCAACCUGCAAGGGGACUCUCAAGGCUUUCCAAGAGCUCUGUGAUUACCUAGAACUAAAACCCAAGGACUAUCGUUCUUUCUAUCACAAACUCAAGUCCAAGCUAAAUUACUGGAAGGCCAAAGCUUUGUGGGCCAAAUUGGAUAAGAGGGGCAGCCAUAAAGACUACAAGAAGGGGAAAGCGUGCGCCAACACAAAGUGUCUGAUAAUUGGGGCUGGACCCUGUGGCCUUCGUACAGCCAUCGACCUGUCAUUCCUAGGAGCAAAGGUGGUGGUCAUAGAAAAGAGGGAUGCCUUUUCCCGCAAUAAUGUUCUGCACUUGUGGCCGUUCACCAUACAUGACUUGCGAGGUCUUGGCGCCAAAAAGUUCUAUGGCAAAUUCUGUGCGGGAUCCAUAGACCAUAUCAGUAUCCGUCAGCUCCAGCUUAUCCUUUUGAAGGUUGCCUUGAUCUUGGGAAUCGAGAUCCAUGUCAAUGUGGAAUUUCAGGGGCUUGUUUACCCUCCUGAGGAUCAGGAGAAUGAAAGGAUAGGUUGGCGUGCAUUGGUCCACCCAAAAACACAUCCAGUAUCUGAGUAUGAAUUUGAAGUAAUCAUUGGAGGGGAUGGCAGGAGGAACACCUUAGAAGGGUUUCGCCGAAAAGAGUUCCGUGGCAAACUCGCAAUUGCUAUCACAGCAAACUUCAUCAAUCGCAACACCACAGCUGAAGCCAAAGUAGAAGAGAUCAGCGGUGUGGCCUUCAUAUUCAAUCAGAAGUUCUUCCAGGAUCUGCGAGAAGCCACAGGUAUUGACUUAGAGAACAUUGUCUACUACAAAGAUGAUACGCACUACUUUGUCAUGACUGCCAAAAAGCAGAGCUUGCUGGAUAAAGGAGUGAUACGGCAUGAUUAUGCUGACACAGAGUUAUUACUCUCACGGGAGAAUGUGGACCAGGAGGCCUUGCUAAACUAUGCCAGAGAAGCAGCUGACUUCUCCACUAAUCAGCAGCUGCCAUCACUGGACUUUGCCAUCAAUCACUAUGGUCAGCCAGAUGUGGCUAUGUUUGACUUCACGUGUAUGUACGCAUCAGAGAAUGCUGCACUGGUGCGAGAGCAGAAUGGUCACCAGUUACUUGUGGCUUUGGUUGGGGACAGUCUCUUAGAGCCUUUUUGGCCAAUGGGAACUGGAAUAGCCAGGGGAUUUCUGGCUGCAAUGGACUCUGCGUGGAUGGUACGAAGUUGGUCGCUUGGAGCUAGUCCUUUGGAAGUUCUUGCAGAGAGGGAAAGCAUUUAUAGGCUACUGCCUCAGACAACCCCUGAGAAUGUGAGUAAAAACUUCAGCCAUUAUAGCAUUGAUCCUGCUACCCGGUAUCCCAAUAUCAACGUCAACUUUUUGCGGCCACAACAGGUGCGCCACUUGUAUAAUACAGGAGACUUGAAAGACAUUCACUUGGAAAUAGAAAACUUUGUGAACUCCAGGACACCAAAGCUGACUCGGAAUGAGUCUGUAGCUCGCUCCAGUAAAUUGCUCAGUUGGUGCCAGAGGCAGACUGAUGGAUACGCAGGCGUAAACGUGACAGAUCUUACAAUGUCAUGGAAAAGUGGCCUAGCUUUGUGUGCCAUUAUCCACAGAUACCGUCCAGACCUAAUAGACUUUGAUUCUUUGGAUGAGCACAAUGUGGAGAAAAAUAACCAACUGGCCUUUGACAUCUCUGAAAAAGAGUUUGGAAUAUCUCCUAUUAUGACUGGAAAGGAAAUGGCAUCUGUUGGAGAGCCAGAUAAACUGUCGAUGGUGAUGUACCUCACGCAGUUCUAUGAGAUGUUCAAAGAUACCAUCCCGUCUAGUGACAGUCUGGACCUGAAUGCAGAAGAAAAAGCUGCUCUGAUUGCCAGUACCAAAUCUCCCAUCUCUUUUCUCAGCAAACUGGGACAAAGCAUCUCCAGGAAACGCACUCCAAAGGACAAAAAGGAAAAGGAACUGGAUGGUGCAGGAAAGAGGAGGAAAACGAGCCAGUCUGAGGAUGAGGACAUCCCUCGAAGCUACAGAGAAGAAAGGCCCACACUGGUGAGCGCCCUGACAGAGAGGAGGAUUGAUGCUGCCAUUGGGAAUCAGAACAAAGUGAAAUCCAUGGCAACCCAGCUACUGGCCAAGUUUGAAGAGAAUGCACCAGUGCAGUCCUCAAGCUUACGGAGACAGGGCUCGCUGAAAAAGGAGUUCCCCCAAAACGUCGGAGGCAGCGAUGUCUGUUAUUUCUGCCACAAGCGAGUCUACGUAAUGGAAAGGCUGAGUGCUGAAGGCAAGUUCUUCCACCGCAGUUGCUUCAAGUGUGAAUACUGUGCCACCACUCUUCGAUUGUCAUCUUACGCCUAUGAUAUUGAAGAUGGUAAAUUCUACUGUAAGCCUCACUACUGUUACCGACUCUCUGGUUAUGCUCAGAGGAAGAGGCCAGCAGUGGCUCCUCUGUCAGGAAAGGACACCAAAGGACCUCUGCAGGACGCCAUGGCAAGUGAUGGGAAUGGACGGGCAAAUUCCAUCUCCGCCUCAGCAGAGAGGACCCCAGGUGCUAAUGUAAAUGGGCUGGAAGAGCCUAGCCUUGCCAAGCGACUGCGUGGCACACCUGAGCGGAUUGAGCUGGAGAAUUAUCGACUGUCACUGCAACGGGAAGAAGAACUGGAAGAGGUUCCUGAAGAGACACUAGCAGAACAUAACCUGAGCAGUGUAUUAGACAAAGCAACAGAAGAUGAUGUGCCCAGCAGUAGUUCAGAGUCUGAGAUGGAGGAGGAGGAUGAGGAGGAAGAUGAUGAACUACUGCAGCCUCAGCAACCCCCUUCAGACUUGGGUGGCGUGCCAUGGAAAGAAGCUGUGCCAAACCAUGCUCUCCUGAAGGGAAGUGAAGAAGAGAUUGAGGCUGAGGAGAAUCUUGAGAUUGAAGACAAAGAGGGAGAAUACGACGAGGAGGAGGAAGACGAAGAGGAGGAAGACGAGCAGUCUAGCGAAGAGGGAGAGUAUUGCCCUUGGGAGAGAGAGCUGCAGCAAGGCCUCUGGCUUCAACGUCUCUCAAAUGAAGAGGACACGGGUACAUUUAAAGCUGGAAACCUUAGACUGCAGCAGAUUGUAAAUCCGGUUGAUCCCUUGGAGAUCCUGGCAGAUGUGCACUGGACACACAUCCGUGAAAAAGAGGAGGAGGAAAAAAUGGUCCCAGCCUCAAAGUCCUCCACCUCCAGAGCAUCCGACCUUCCCUCCGUACGCCGUGAGGCGGUACAGGCGUGGCUGGAGACGGUCCCUGGAGCUCCAUGUGAGGAUAACGAAGUGGAGGAUGAGCUGGGCACAGAGCCUGCAGACACGGAAGGGCAGGCAGGUGAAGAGGGAGACACAGGUGCAGAACUGGAUGAUGAUGACAUCCCAUCCGAUGCAGAAGCUGAGUUUCGCUUGCAUCAAGGUGACAUAGAAGAGCCAGAACUGAAGGUCUCUGAAGAAGAAGAAGAUGAAGAAGGAACAGAAGGUGCUUCUUGCAGUGUGACAGAAGAUCCAUGCAAGCCGUCCAUCCCUAUCCAGCCAGCUAACGGCAGUGUUCUUCCUCCGUCUCCUGUUGAUAGUCCCAAAGCAAAACAAACAGAGGAUGUAAAAGAUCCUCUUGCUGCAAUAUCCCAUGCUAUAAAAUCUCCAGAGGCACGCUUUUUUUCUGAGCCAUUCAUUCUUGAAGAAGGACCAAAGGAUGAAAUCCCAAAAGACAGGAAAGUUAAGAGCCCUUCAGUGCCACUCUCUCCAGUAUUAUCCCAGCCAGCUGCAUCACCAGAAGCCAUUGCACCUACAUCACCAGCAGAGUCUCAGCCAGCAGCACCGACCUUGGCUUCAUCCCCAACAUCUGCUCAAACGCCUAUAUGUUCACAACCUUUGCCUUCUGCUGAAGCAUCCAUUCCAUCCCCAGUGGAGCCUCCAGUAUGUUUCCAGCCUGUCCCAGCCUUAACGUCUACUCCUCUGGCCAAACUGGUCCUAAGGAGCCAGGAUAGCGAAGUGGAAAAAUUGAGGAGCCCUACUACUGCAGAAGAAGCCCUGAAACGGAGUAACCUUGUAGAAGAGUUCUGGAUGAAGAGUGCUGAAAUCCGGAGGAGCUUAGGCCUCACCCCAGUAGACAGAAACAAACGCUCAGAGCCAAGUUUGACUGUAUCUGCCCUUGAGACAACUCCUCUGAAGUCUUUUAAUAGUGAGAACGUUUCAGGGGAGGAGAGGAUCCACCUUGUGAAACCCCAGCCUGUCCCAAGAAGGCAGGGACUGUCCAAGUUAGAAAACGAGCAGAUAUCUCUGCUCACUCCAAAAUCUCCAUCAGAAAAAGAUCUGAAGAGUUCUAAUGAAGUAAGAAGAGACGUAUCCAGCAGUUCUGGACUUGGCCUUCAGGAGAGUUCAUCUAACAUGAGAACACUCGCUAGUCAGAGCUUCAACACUUCUGACUCUACCAUGCUUACUCCUCCCUCAAGUCCCCCACCACCACCUCCUCAGGAUGAAGAACCAGCCACUUUGCGUAAAAAGAGGCAUCAAGCGAUUUGGCAGAAUGAGGUUGAAGCCAAGUCACCUCCAACACCAGCAUCAACACCUCCUGCUCCCCGACGCUACGAGCCAACCUCUGCUGCCAAAGAGUCAGCCCAGGCCAGAAAUGAAGACGUGCGGAAGUCUUUUGCAGAGAGUGUAGAUGAGAUUCCAUUUGCUGAUGAUGUAGAGGACACAUAUGAUGAGAGGACAGAGGACACAAGCCUUCAUGAGAAGUUCUUUACACCUCCUACCAGUAGGCCAAGGCCAGAGAAACCACUUAUUUUGCCCUUGGUCAAAGAAAAUGGCGGUCCACCCUCAAUGGAAGGAGGAGGUAGCCAAAAGAAGAGGGUGCUACCUGGAAUUUCUCCAGAAGCAAAGGAGCUUGCUGAAGAAAGAAUGAGAGCCAGAGAAAAGUCUGUCAAGAGUCAAGCACUACGUGAUGCCAUGGCUAAGCAGUUGUGUAAGAUGAAGGAUAUGGAGAUGGCUCCAGCUGCUGCUGCUGGAGCCGCAAGGGCACGAAAGGCAUCUUCCAUGCCCUUGAAGACCAAAGAGUUAUUUUAUGACUCUCCAAAGCAUUUGGCCUUGAAAAUAGCAGAGAGCUCUACACUAAAGCAUGAUGCUGCUAGUGAAAAGUUCUCCACUCCUUCUGCUGAUGUGGCUGGGCCUGAAGGGUCUGUCUCCUCUUCAGAAGGCUCCAGUGGAAAGAGUAAGAAAAGAACUUCUCUUUUCUCCCCUCGUAAGAACAAAAAGGAGAAGAAAUCCAAAAAUGACAGCAGGCUUUCUGACAAAUCUAGUGGUGGGACAGAGGAAACUACAAAAACUAGAUCAUUAUGGAAGUCUGUUUUUUCUGGGUAUAAGAAAGACAAGAAGAAAAAGACUGAUGACAAAUCCUGCCCGAGCACUCCCUCCAGUAGCGCCACUGUGGAGUCUGGCAAGCACAAGGCUUCUCCAUUGGUUACAGCAGCAGAUUUGCAGCUCCGUCGACACCUGAGUUUCUCAGAGGACUCUGACCUCUCCAGUGACGAUAUUUUAGAACGUUCCUCCCAGAAAUCCAAGCGAGAGUCGAUUUAUGUACCACACGCCUUGGCAUUCAAGAGAUCAUACUCGUCAAAGAGAGCCUACACAGAAGAGGAACUGAAUGCAAAGCUGACUCGGCGAGUACAGAGAGCUGCCCGUAGACAAGCCAAGCAAGAGGAGCUAAAGAGGUUACAUAGAGCCCAGAUCAUCCAGCGCCAGCUUGAACAAGUGGAAGAGAAGCAGAGGCAGCUCGAGGAGAGAGGGGUUGCUGUAGAGAAGGCCCUUCGGGGAGAAGCAGUUGAGCCCAAUGCCGGGACACCACGUCGUAGACCUCUCUCCUUCUGCCCUUGCUGUGCCCACGAAGGCAUGGGAAAGAAGGAUGAUCCAAAGCUGAUGCAGGAGUGGUUCAAGCUGGUACAGGAGAAGAAUGCCUUGGUUCGCUACGAGUCUGAACUGAUGAUAUUCGCUCGGGAACUGGAACUGGAAGACAGGCAGAGUCGAUUACAGCAGGAACUCCGGGAGAGGAUGGCAGUGGAAGAUCAUCUGAAGACAGAUGAGGAGCUCUCAGAGGAGAAGAGGAUCCUGAAUGAGAUGCUAGAAGUGGUAGAGCAGAGAGAUUCUCUUGUGGCUCUCCUUGAGGAGCAACGGCUUCGAGAAAAAGAGGAAGACAAGGACCUGGAGGCUGUCAUGCUCUCCAAAGGUUUUAGCUUGAACUGGUCCUGAGCUUAAAACAUUUACCUCUGCUGGUCUGUGUUGUCCAGUUGGCCUACCCUGAGUUCGUCAGAAUUACAUGGAUAGGGAGAUGUUGAAGGGGAAACCUCGGAAGAGUCCGCCAGCGUGCAGGGAUUCAGUCUGAAGCACUCAGAAGCCUUUUGAUAAGUGUGUUGGUUCCAGAAGCUUAAGUUUCAUAUGUUUGCAAGCCAAGCUGAAGAUAGUGGGCUGAGACUAUGCAGUCUCCUCGAGGUCCCAUACAAUGGACUGUAUUUUUUCCUUUUGGUAGGAGGGAAAGGAAUAAACUCUGUGUGGGGGGAAGGAGGUUAAGGGGAAAAGUACCCUUAACGAAACUGGAUUUGUGGCAGUCCAUUCCUUUCCCAUUUUCACUACGCCAGUUCUAAUAAAAGGGAGGGAAGUGGCAACCCUCUCUGGAAAACCGCAGCAGCCUGUAGCAGCCUGUAUGGAGGAGUCAGCUAUCCAAGAGAGCUCCAGAAGCCCAGGCCAGCACCUUCUUUGCUUUAGUCUUCCUCCCCACCAAAGAAACCUGCAGUUGAUUAUUAUGCAUGGAUAUGAAGAAAUACGAGACAGAGACGAUUCUGCUAGUAUGUGUGAUGGAACUCCCUGCCUCCCGGUUUUUAGAGAGAUUUGGGCAUCAGAGGACUCUCUCCCUGUCGUAGUCUCCUAAAUUUUGUGUUUGCUGCGGGGAGAAAAGGGGAGAAGAAGAGAGGCAAGAUGCCCUUCUGCUUUGCUACACACUGGAGAGAGAGCUACCCCUGGCCCUAGUCUUCACGGCCGGAGCUCAGAGGCUGAUGGGUUUCUUUGUUCUGUUUUUGUUUUGACACUGGAAAAUGCUAACUGUGGGACAGUAGUAAGUGUGUGCUGGGGUAGGGGUGUUACCAGGCAGCCUUCCCUGGCUGUUAGACCCCUGAAAGGGAGAAGCCCUUGAGUGACUGAACCACCAUUAAGACUUUUCAGUGUUUUUAUUUUUCCUCUGUAUUUUGUUUUUGCACAUUGGAAACGAAGCUUAAGACCUGCCUGGGCCCUGAGUCACUUUGACCCUUUUAUGUCAAUUAACUUAUUUUUUUAAUACUUGAAAGAAGAUUCAUUUUUGUAUCUUUUACGAAAAAUAUGGACGAGUGAUGGGUGUGUGUGCCUGCUGCAUCCUACAACUUCCACUUCUAAAUUACUGGACGUUGUUACCUGUGGCUAUUUAUUAGUGUUCUUAUUAAUAAUGUUAAUGUUACACAUCUUUGAUUGUGGAGGGGGUGUUUUAACUCUAUCAGAGGAAGACACUACUGCGGAUAGGUCCCUGCUUCACAACAAGGGCAGCCUUUAUGGACCCCUGGAUGCAUCCUGCCCUAGCAGAUUUCUUUUCUGAUGAAAUCCGGUGCAUUCAUGGAGUUGUAAGAAUCUGUGUGUUCCUAGCAUACUUUUCUUCUGCAUCCCAGAUUCGCUCUGGGAUAAACCUAAAAAGGUAUUUAAAUAUUAAAUGUUAUAACAGGAAAGCCAAAACUGUGAGGAAGAGAUAUCCCCAGUGUCUCUAUUUCACUGAAAGAAGGGACCCUCGCACUCUUGAGAUACAGCUGGAGGGACUUCCAUGCAAGCAAAAAUAGCACAUUUCCUGCUGCAUCUAUUGGAAGAAGCGCCUUUUGGCUCAGCUAGUGAAGCUGCUGCUUUUAAGCUAGGAGGGUGGUCAAUGUAAUCCUACAUUAAGUAAUGAGCAGGACAUGGACUGAGCAAUUCGGCACCAUUCACUGUUUGACAGAUUCCCCAAGCACACAGUACACCCUUACCUUGUCCCACAGAGCUGAAAUAGCAUGGUGCGCUGGGUAGGUGUCUCAUCCUUAACAUGGUGAGUUAAGAGCUUUUCCCCCUGGGUUGUUGACUGUUUUCUUUUCUUAUUAAGAAAUAUUAAGUCUGCUCCCCAAUGUCUUUGAGAAAGUGUCUCAUUCCCAAGCAUAUUCAUGCAGCACACUGACUUUCAGCUUGGGGAUAUGCUGUUUGGUGCAAGAUACCCAAGCAGGGUUGAACAUCCUUUAAUCUUUUGCCCCAGGAGAGAAGUUAACGUGGUUUCUUGCUGUUGGCUCUCUGCCUUCCACAAAGAUGUCUUCUGUUGGCCAGGGUCUACAAUUUGAAUUCAUAUCUGACUCAUGAACAUAUCUCAAGCUAAGGACAGGCCCCAGAGACUCUCAGCAGUGCUCGUUAACUGCAAACAUGUUUUUUCCACCUCAAAUAUUUUCCCUUCAUUCUCCAUAGUGUUUUCUGCUGAAGCAUUACAAAUUAAACCCAAACUUUCAUGAAACAAAGCAGACAAGCAGCUGUUGUGCUGCUUAGUAAUUGUGUGUGUUAGGAAGUGGUACCUGCUAUACCAGCAUCCUGGGACAAAACUCCUUGAAGUGCUGGUGUACCGACGGGACAUCCGCCAACAGAAUUUCCCCCGUGUGUCAGUGCAGAGGCCAGCUGCAGAAGUCACAUUGUCAGCGGUAGUUUACAUAGUCUGUGUUUGAGUGGCCAGUGGAAAUCGGAGAGAAGAAGGGAAGAGAGGGAAACUAGACAGUAGUGGAUUGUAAAUUCUCUUGUACAGAGAAUUGGCCUCUGUCCAUUUUAUAGUGCAGUAUGUAUAUGGACCACAUCUGACUUUGAACAAAAAAUCAUUGAAUGUGAGCUGCAGAACAGAAAGAAAUCCUGAAGAAGAAAUACCAGAUUACGACUUUUCCCUUUAGUGCUGAAGGACGCUGGCCAGAUCUUUGCAAAGCUGAACAAUGAUAUCACUUGAGGGUGUAAUGGCCUACUGCAGGGGAAAACCUCAUACUCUAAAACUCUUUAGGUUAUGCUGAAGUCCUCCAGCACUGAGAAUGAAAGUGAAGACCUAACAUUGCACACAUAUAAAUUAGUUAAAAAUACAUGGAUGGGAAUCUUAAAAGGCCUUUUUCUAUCUAAAUGGUAGUAAAAGGCACAACUUGUACUUGCUGUUCAGUUGCACUUUAAGAAUAUAACUUGCAUAUCAGAUACUGGGGUUUUUUACUAUCUGAAUAUUUUUAAUUCAAAUUUUAUAUUUUUAAAGCUGAAGGAGGCUCUUGUGACCACAAGAUUCCUUAUUUGUAUCAGAAUCCAAGUAGGAUGUUCUAGCUCUUUGUGCUAUCCAAGUGGGCAGUAGCACAUGGCUCAGUCACGUGUGGCUGUUUCACAUAUGAACGAAGGGAAAGGCCCUCAGCUUCUGAGAAGUGGGCAGGCAACAGCGGGUGCCUUUGCCUUUUGUGGCACUGUCCAUAUCAGGGGCUGGGUGCCCAGGCCAUGCGAUGGGAGAACAGUUGGGCUUGGAGCCUGACCUGUGUUCGCUUUAAAAUAAUGGGCACACUGAGGAUGGGGGAGCACUUAAGUCCCCUAAGGGGAAGGGAGGAGGAUACUGUCUCCUGGGAACACCCAGGAGGUUCAUGGGGAUGGGGGAGUGAGGACUGCCAAAACAACUAAUCUGCUGUUUUCACAGUACAAACAACGUUUUUAACUGUUUUGUUUCUUCUACUAUGUUUUCAUUAAAACUCAAAAAUGGCUGUAAAAUCCUAAGCUUCAGCGAACCAUGCGUGGGGAGAUGACAUGAUUAUCUUUCAGCUCCAACUUCCAGACAUACUCCUCCCUUUUUCAGUUAUCCAAAAUCCCAUGGUCUCGCUAGGGCAUGUUACAAACUGCGUUGCUGAACAUAUUUUAGAGCAAACCGCACAUUUUAAAAGUCUGUCCUUCUCUAACAGUCUCUGCAUUUUAUGUAAAUAUUUGUUUGUAUGUAAAGACACCAGUGGGUCCUUGGGUUACCCCUGCGGUCAGGAACCUGAGUUUUGUGCAAUGCCUAGGCCUCUGUUAGAACACGGUGCUUGCAUAGAGCUAGUCACCACAUUUGUGUGCACUCUGGUGUUUUUUAAUAUUUUUAUACAUUCUAAUCCUGAACGUUAUGAAUUAUUAUAAGCGGUCUAGACUGCAUGAUCUAGAGCAGCCAGCAGUUCCAUUUUCUUAGCAUCUGUUCCUAAAAUGUCCACAGCUACACCUUGUUUGGUUAACGUUCUUUUGAAUUUUCAGUUAAAUGUUUACACCGGACACCAGUGGAUGAGAAAGGCGUUGCAUUAUAAAAUCUCCUGUGUACAAACUGAAAAGCCACGUUAUGGCUGUGUUGGGGGUUUAAAUUGUCACUGUCUGCAAUAAAGAGAACUCUAAAGCAUACUAAAAAACAGCCUGUAUAUAAAUCACAGAGAAAGAGAUUGCUUGCUCUUGACUAUUGCAAAAUAACAGAGAUAGAAGCUUUCCAAAUAUUUCUGCUUUUGGAUUGCUCAGUACUGCUAUAGGCAGGGUAGCCAGACAGAUGAGGAUGUCAUUGAGAGUGUAGAUGCUAAGGGGAGAAUGUCAUGUUCUGAUGGCAUUGCAGUAAUUUAAAUGCUCUCUAUAUGUGUGCGUGCAUGCGUGUGUGUGUGAGAAGUCUAAUCCAGGUGAAGGGAUCUGCUUUGGCAUCUUCCCUUUUGUAUGAAAGUGAACUCUGAUAUUCAGAUUGUUCAAGGCUUUUACGGUUGGCAUGUAUGGAGUGUUAAUAGAAAAGUGUAUACCCUACCUGUAAAAAAAAAAAACAACUACUCUGUUCCAGCCUGUUUUCUCCUGUUUGGUUGUGUUUUAUUGUUUGUUUUUAUGCACACUUGCUUUGUUGGUGUUGAGAUUUUAGCACCUCAGAUGGCCAACUGAACUAAAAAAAUAAAGUAAUUAAUUAUU